CAGACUGUGCAUCUCUAAUAUCACUCUCCGACGCGCAAGAGCUCCAGCGGCGCCACUUGCAAGAGAGAACGCGAGAGAACACCCUAAGCAAAGGCAGCCAUGUCGCUCGUUGCCAAUGAAGAGUUUCAGCACAUUCUUCGUGUCCUCAAUACCAACGUCGAUGGCAAGCAGAGGAUCAUGUUCGCCUUGACCUCCAUCAAGGGUAUCGGUCGCCGCUUCGCCAACAUCGUCUGCAAGAAGGCCGAUGUAGACAUGAACAAGAGUAGGGCUGGAGAGCUGUCUGCUGAUGAGAUUGAUAAGCUGAUGACAAUUGUUGCCAACCCUCGUCAGUUCAAGAUCCCAGACUGGUUCCUCAACAGGCAGAAGGACUACAAAGAUGGGAAACACUCCCAGGUUGUCUCCAAUGCAUUGGACAUGAAGCUGAGAGAUGAUCUUGAGAGGCUGAAGAAGAUCAGGAACCACCGUGGUCUGCGUCACUACUGGGGCUUGAGGGUCCGGGGACAGCACACCAAGACCACUGGUCGUAGAGGAAAGACUGUUGGUGUGUCCAAGAAGCGAUAAGCUGCUCCGAAAAUUUUCUGUGUUCGACUGGAUCUUCUGGUGUUUUGUUCAUGUUUUGAGACCAAGUAGUGUUAUCAAUGGGAUUCGAAUAUUGGGAUUAUGGGUACUUGUUCCUGUGUUCCGUCGAAUUAAUUUUGAAGGAUAUGUUUCAUUGAAGUUGGUAUCCUAGUUUAUCUAUGAAUGUUAGAGUACUUUUGUGUUAUCUCAAUUUUCUCGUCAGAUUGAUGUGUUCUUUCUGAUCAGUUAGCCGCCAUACCAACGUUCUUAAAUACUUGUGCUCAUUUAUGAUUGGCAUAUAUGUUUAGAGAAGGAUCCCAAUUCCCAGGUUGCUUUCCAUUGUUCACUGAGUUUUCUUGUGUGAUCCUUCAUAAUCAUUCAUCUGAGCAUGACAAGCAUAUGGUGGUAUU